AUGUUUUCUAAGCUUCGUCUUCGUUAUUGGUGGCCUCGCAUGCGUCACACUAUUCAACAACAUGUACGCGCUUGUAUUCCGUGUCAACAGUACAACGUCUCUCGGCAGCGACCACCUGGUCAUCUUCAUCCUGUUCCGCCUACUGCCGUUCCGUUUUCUAUUAUCGGUAUGGAUUAUUGUGGUCCUUUCGUUACCUCUUCUAAUGACAAUAAAUAUGUUCUUGUUGUUACUGAUUUAUUUACCAGAUUUGUUACAGCUAUUGCUUUACCUUCAAAUACAGCUGCUAUUACAGCUUUAACUCUUUUUCGUUAUAUCUUCUGCAAAUACGGUGUUUGUUCUACUCUCAUUACUGAUCAAGGCACACAUUUCAAUAACCAACUCAUGAAUGCCUUUCAACAUCUUCUUGGGUAUAAUCACAUUUUUAGCACACCUUAUCAUCCUCAAUCGAAUGGAAUUGUGGAACGGUUCAACGCAUCUAUGGUCGUUCAAGUUUCCAAACUCCAACAACAACAUCAUAACAACUGGGAUGAUUACCUCGAUGCUGUUGUGUUCGCUUAUAAUAUUUCUCAACACAAAACCACUCAAUUUUCUCCAUUUGAGUUGUUAUUUGGUCGUGCUCCUCAACUUCCGAUUGAUUCUCCCCCUCGCAUCUUUUCUUUUGAUCGUCAAAAUGAUCAUUUCGUUCAUCUAAAAAGAAUCCUUAAUGUUUAUCAUCAACAGGCAAAAAAUAAUAUUCUCGUUCAACAAUCUUCCAACAAAACUCGAUAUGAUCGUCAUCGUGGUGAUCCUCAUUAUAAAAUUGGUGAUCGUGUUUUUACAAAACUUUUUACGGGCCGUACGAAACUUGAUCCUCGUUAUUCAGCUGAUCCUCAAAUCAUUGUGCAGGUCAAUCACCCCACCUAUAUCGUUCGUCAUCUAUUAACUGGGAUCGAACGUUCUUAUCAUGUAUCGGAUUUACGUCCCGUUACUUUGGCCUAUGACGACGAUUCUCGUAUAUAA